CUGAGCUAUCCAUUCAACAUGCUAAAACCAUUGUUGCUUUUCUUUCUUUUCGUCGGCGUUGCUAAUGGCAAUGACUCGUGUGACCGGAAGGAGAUGGAGGACACAAUAUGUAGUCUCUGUGGACAAAGGAAAGGAAGUCAACUAGCUGGAACUGGUCAACAAAUUGCGUUUUAUGCCUAUAUGUCCAGUAACAUCCAGAUAAAGACAUUAUCCAAACACAGAAUAUUUGUUUAUGAUCGUGUUGAGACAAACAUUGGAAACGGAUAUGACGCCAAAUCGGGAAAGUUCAUCGCUCCAGAGAGCGGGGUUUACGUCAUACACACAACUACUGUUUCAUACGAUAAAUCACACAGCGUUAUAGAAGUAGUAAAACAUGGAGUCAUUAAAAACAUAGGAAUAGCUGACUCCGGAAAUCACGAUGAUUAUGCCUCAACUUCUACAUUAACUGUUUUGAAUUUGAAGAGAGGAGAUGUAUUAAAUACCAGAGUUGGACCAGGGUAUGGAGGACAAUACCUACUGAGCAACACAUUAGCCCGAAUGAGUUUCUCUGGAUUUAAACUCCUGUAAAACAAAU